AUGCCCUGUCUCCAAAGCACCUCCCACCCUUCAACAUUCUUCCUAACAGGCAUCCCUGGUCUGGAAGCUGCCCACAUCUGGAUUUCCAUCCCUUUCUCUAUGUUCUACAUUAUCAGCCUGUUGGGAAAUUUCAUGGUUCUGUUUGUUGUGGGCAAAGAGCAGACCCUGCACAAGCCGAUGCACCUGCUUCUCUGCAUGCUGGCACUCACAGACAUGGCCAUGUCGACCUCCGUUGUGCCAAAGGCACUGUGUAUAUUUUGGUUCAAUUUGACCAGCAUUACUGUGGGUGGCUGCCUCACCCAGAUGUUCUUCCUUCACACGGUUUCUGCUAUACAGUCAGCCGUCCUCGUGACAAUGGCCUUCGAUCGCUACGUUGCCAUAUGUAACCCUCUGAGAUACACCACCAUCCUCACCAACACACGGAUAGCUCAGCUAGGUCUAGCGGCUUUGAUGAGAGCUGUUCUCAUUGUUCUGCCCCUGCCUCUGCUCCUGAGCAGGCAGCCAUUCUGUGCCAACCGCAUUAUCCCAAACACGUACUGCGAUCACAUAGCUGUUGCAAAGAUUUCAUGUGGGGACACCACAGUAAACAGGAUGUAUGCCUUGGUGGUAGUGGUUGUGUGCACUGGGUUAGACCUGACACUCAUUACCCUGUCCUACGUCCUGAUAAUCAGGGCCCUGUUCAGAAUAUCCUCAAAGAAAACCCACCAGAAAGCCCUCAACACCUGCACAGCCCACAUCUGUGUGAUGUUGAUGUUUUAUCCUCCCUUCAUCUUCUCCUCUCUGACACAUCGGUAUGGUCAGGGCAUCGCUCCCCACAUUCACAUCCUGUUGGCCAAUCUCUAUUUUGUUGCCCCUCCCAUGCUCAACCCUAUAAUUUAUGGGGCCAAAACCAAAGAGCUUCGUGACAAAGUGGGCAAAUACACCCGCAGAAGGUGA